CAUUGUUCAAAUUUUAGUGAUGAAGGUAUCAGAAGUAAAAACUUUCUUCCGGAUUCAAUGUAGGGAGAUAUCCUCUCAUACACUGCUCUCCACAAAACAAAUUCAGGCUGAGCAUCACACCAAACUGAUGGCCCGACUUCAAUUCAUAAUCAAAAUAACUUCAUAUUUAAUAAUUGCUAUGAAUGACAGUUCUUUGAAAUUACUCAUAAAUCGAACUACAUUUUCACCUUUUGAAAUAACUAUAACAUAACCAUUUUCAAUAACUGGUACUAAACAUUUUAAUUUGGUGAAUAUAUAUAUCUUAAGUAUUAUAAGCAUCAUAUUUAUUGUUUUUAUCAUGUUACAAGAAACUUUAUACUUGCU